CUCUGGGAUGGCCGCCCCCACAGUAGCUGUUGCUAUCUCUUAGUGGUGCCGGAACUUCCUGCUUUCGUUGGCCGCGCUGGGAUGGCCGCCACCAUAGUAGCUGUUGCUAGCUCUUAGUGGUGGCCCUUGCCCGGCUCGCCGACGGCAGUGCAGCUAGCCCUUUUGUUCUCUUCUCCAUCGCGCUGUCCCGAAGGGCGUCGGCUUUCCCGCAGCGAGCAGUAUGGGCCGGGAGUCACGCCACUAUCGGAAGCGAUCAGCAUCACGUGGACGCUCUGGAAGUCGAUCUAGAAGUCGUUCUCCCUCUGACAAAAGAAGUAAACGUGGAGAUGACAGACGGUCUAGAAGUAGAGAUAGAGAUAGAAGGAGAGAGAGAUCUCGUAGCAGGGAUAAAAGAAGAUCUCGGUCAAGAGACAGGAAGCGUCUGAGGCGUUCCAGAAGUAGAGAGAGAGACAGAAGCCGAGAGCGACGAAGAUCUCGCAGUCGAGACAGGAGACGCUCGAGAAGCAGAAGCCGGGGCCGGCGAUCCAGAUCCUCCAGUCCUGGCAAUAAAAGCAAGAAAGCCGAGAAUAGAUCUAGGUCCAAAGAAAAAACAGAUGGUGGAGAAAGUUCUAAAGAGAAGAAAAAAGACAAAGAUGACAAGGAGGAUGAAAAAGAAAAAGAUGCUGGUAAUUUUGACCAGAAUAAGCUGGAAGAAGAAAUGAGAAAGCGAAAAGAAAGAGUAGAAAAAUGGCGAGAAGAGCAGCGUAAAAAGGCUAUGGAAAAUAUAGGGGAACUAAAAAAGGAAAUUGAAGAGAUGAAGCAGGGGAAAAAAUGGAGUUUAGAAGAUGAUGAUGACGAUGAAGAUGACCCUGCUGAAGCUGAAAAGGAAGGAAAUGAAAUGGAGGGUGAGGAGUUAGAUCCCUUAGAUGCUUACAUGGAAGAAGUGAAAGAGGAAGUAAAAAAGUUUAACAUGAGAAGUGUAAAAGGUGGUGGUGGUAAUGAAAAGAAGUCCGGACCAACUGUCACAAAAGUUGUCACUGUUGUAACUACCAAAAAAGCAGUUGUAGAUUCUGAUAAGAAGAAAGGUGAGCUCAUGGAGAAUGACCAGGAUGCGAUGGAGUAUUCUUCAGAGGAAGAAGAAGUUGAUCUUCAGACGGCUCUUACAGGCUAUCAGACAAAACAGAGAAAGCUUCUAGAACCAGUUGAUCAUGGAAAAAUUGAAUAUGAACCAUUUAGGAAAAACUUCUAUGUUGAAGUUCCAGAACUAGCAAAAAUGUCUCAGGAGGAGGUGAAUGUGUUUCGAUUGGAAAUGGAGGGCAUUACAGUCAAGGGAAAAGGUUGCCCCAAACCGAUUAAAUCUUGGGUCCAGUGUGGAAUUUCCAUGAAGAUCUUAAAUUCCCUCAAAAAACAUGGCUAUGAAAAGCCCACACCAAUCCAGACCCAAGCGAUUCCUGCCAUAAUGUCUGGACGAGACUUGAUUGGCAUUGCCAAGACAGGAAGUGGAAAGACCAUUGCGUUUCUGUUGCCCAUGUUUAGACACAUCAUGGAUCAGAGGUCAUUAGAAGAAGGAGAGGGACCAAUAGCUGUCAUCAUGACUCCAACUCGAGAACUGGCUUUACAGAUUACUAAAGAAUGUAAGAAGUUUUCGAAGACCUUGGGACUUAGAGUGGUCUGUGUUUAUGGAGGAACAGGAAUCAGUGAGCAGAUUGCUGAACUGAAAAGAGGUGCGGAAAUUAUUGUUUGCACACCUGGUCGAAUGAUUGACAUGUUAGCAGCAAACAGUGGUCGGGUCACGAAUCUUCGAAGGGUGACAUAUGUUGUUUUAGAUGAAGCAGAUAGAAUGUUUGACAUGGGUUUUGAACCACAGGUUAUGCGCAUUGUGGAUAAUGUCCGGCCUGAUCGACAGACAGUUAUGUUUUCAGCUACUUUUCCCAGAGCUAUGGAGGCUUUGGCUCGUAGAAUCCUGAGUAAACCCAUUGAAGUGCAGGUUGGAGGCAGGAGUGUGGUUUGCUCAGAUGUGGAGCAACAAGUGAUUGUGAUUGAAGAAGAAAAGAAAUUCUUGAAGUUACUUGAGCUUCUAGGCCAUUAUCAAGAAUCAGGAUCUGUUAUUAUAUUUGUGGACAAGCAAGAACAUGCCGAUGGUCUUCUAAAGGAUUUAAUGAGAGCAUCUUAUCCUUGCAUGUCUCUUCACGGAGGUAUUGAUCAAUAUGACAGAGACAGCAUCAUAAAUGACUUUAAAAAUGGGACCUGCAAACUUCUUGUGGCCACCUCCGUUGCUGCCCGAGGGCUAGAUGUGAAACAUCUGAUUCUGGUAGUAAAUUACAGCUGCCCCAACCAUUAUGAAGAUUAUGUGCACAGAGCAGGACGAACUGGAAGAGCAGGCAACAAAGGUUACGCCUAUACUUUUAUCACAGAAGAUCAGGCCCGCUAUGCUGGUGACAUAAUAAAAGCCCUUGAAUUGUCAGGCACUGCAGUACCUCCUGACCUGGAGAAACUUUGGAGUGAUUUCAAAGACCAACAGAAAGCUGAGGGGAAAAUAAUUAAAAAGAGUAGUGGGUUCUCUGGUAAGGGAUUCAAGUUCGAUGAAACAGAACAAGCUUUGGCUAAUGAGAGGAAGAAGUUACAGAAAGCAGCUCUUGGUCUACAGGACUCAGAUGAUGAGGAUGCUGCUGUUGAUAUUGAUGAGCAAAUUGAAAGCAUGUUUAAUUCAAAGAAGAGAGUGAAGGAUAUGGCUGCUCCUGGAACGUCAAGUGUUCCUGCGCCCACCGCAGGAAACGCUGAGAAAUUAGAAAUUGCUAAGAGAUUGGCUCUGAGAAUCAAUGCGCAGAAAAAUUUGGGCAUCGAGUCUCAGGUAGAUGUGAUGCAACAGGCCACCAAUGCCAUUCUCAGAGGUGGCACCAUUCUGGCUCCCACUGUGUCUGCAAAAACCAUUGCAGAGCAGCUCGCUGAAAAGAUCAAUGCCAAGCUCAAUUAUGUGCCUUUAGAGAAACAAGAAGAGGAGAGACAGGAUGGUGGACAGAAUGAAUCUUUUAAGAGAUAUGAGGAAGAAUUAGAGAUCAAUGACUUCCCACAGACUGCUAGGUGGAAAGUUACUUCUAAGGAAGCUCUUCAGAGAAUCAGUGAAUAUUCUGAAGCUGCAAUUACAAUCAGAGGAACAUACUUCCCUCCUGGCAAAGAACCCAAGGAAGGAGAGCGGAAAAUUUACUUGGCAAUUGAAAGCGCCAAUGAACUGGCUGUGCAGAAAGCAAAGGCAGAAAUCACCAGACUCAUAAAAGAAGAACUGAUCCGGCUGCAAAAUUCAUACCAACCAACAAAUAAAGGAAGAUACAAAGUCUUAUAAACAUCUGGAAAAAAUUUUUUACCUUGGCUCAUCUGUGAUACGUGUGGCACUUGUCUGGAGUUUACAGUAUAGUAUAAAGUAAGAUUUUUAAAAUUCUGUCAUGCUGAUUUUUAAAUACAAGAAACCAGUAUUUCCUAAAGAAGUCGUCAUUCAGUAAGUGCCCCCUCAAUUAUCAAAAAUAUUUGAAGCAGGCCUGUUUUCAAAGUAUGAUCUCCUUUAAUGUAAAACUUAAAUACUUAUGUAUACUUUCAAUAUCUGGGUAAUAUUCCAGAGGUUUAAAAACAUGGAAAUAUCUGGGCUUUCCCUUGAUGUUAAUAAAGUACACAAGUCACUAAGGGGCUGUUCAUCUCAUCCUCUUUUAAGGAAAUUGUGAUCUCCUGAGAAAAAUUCUCCGCCUAAUUUCGUGUCCUCCCCUUGACCUUAAAACUUACUUGACUCAGUGGAACAGAUGAACUGGAUUUAAGAAUGUUAUAAUAGAAUUUGUACAAAAUGGGUUUAAAGUUUUUGUUUUAAUUUUUAUCAUCAUAAAUCGGCAAUAGUUGGGCUACUUUUGGUUUUUGUAAAAUUAAAGACCUGUAGUAUAUAAGAGUUUUUUGCAUUUCUUUACACUGCAAAGAGUUUUAAUAUUUAGUACUUUCAGGUGCCUCCUGAAACCUCUGGCUCUACAUCUGGCAACUAACUUUUUAAAUAUUCCUUAAAAGAAAGUGAUUUGUAGACUAAAAAUAGUGCAUAUGAUUCCUUUUUACCCUAGAAGUGUUUGCUUAUACAUAUGUACAUGCAGCAUGUAGAACACUGUGUUACUUAUGUGGCUUUUCUUUAGGUUUAUUCAGUAGGCUGUGAAUUCUUUUUGUUUAAAAAUGUCAAGCAGAAUGCUACCCAAGUUUUGGACUUAGACUUCAUCUCUGUCAGUGAAAUUUAGUUCACAAGGAGUCAUAGAGUAUGUUUUUGAGCCCUCCAAUACAUUUUCUAGAUAUUCUAAUUUAAGUUGUUGUAAUUGGAUCACCUGAUAUUCUUUUCAAGAUUCCUGGUGUAUUAGAACUCAUAUUGUUGUCACUUCCUGAAAAUAGAGAUUUUCCAGGAAGUGGAUAGACACAUUUCUUAAAUUAAGAGACAAGAGAGUCUUUUUUAUAUUCUUGUCUUUGAGUUUUUUAAAAAGAGAAAAUCAAAGCAUACUAUAGCUGUUAAAACUAAUCAUUUUCUUAAGAGUAGGUUAAAUGGCUUAAGUGGCAGGGAAUAUCCAUUAUUAUUUCUUCAAUAUAAAGUUAUCCUUAUUGAAAACUAAAACAUAAGUGGAAAUAUUCUUGGAUUCCUCACAUACCCACUUAGUUUCUUAAGAGAAGAAAACAGACAAAACACUUGUAACAACAGAACCAAAUAAACCAUUUACUCUAAAAUUCUAAGCAUCUUGGGCUCCUUUUUCCCCCUAGUUUAUUUAUUUGCGUAUUUUCAUCACCCAAUGGUAGUUUAUUUUCUUUUGGUAGACUAUAUGACAGUCCCACAUUGGUGACGAUUGGUGCUCCCUUCAAUGAACUGGAUCACUUAGAGAUUCAGAGCUCUACAUCAUUUUAGUAUAACCUUUAUGAUUGUAUAUCUAGGUGUGAUAAGCCACCGAUAGUGUUUUGUUCUAAGAUGAAACACAUUACUGUGUUAGUCCAUUUUUUUCAUGUCACACUGAUUCUUUUUUAAAAUUUGGAUGAUGUACAGACUUUAAUUUGUUUUUUAAUGUAAUAUCAGUAUUUGCUUAUGUUUUCUAAAUUCCUUAUAAAAUAAAGUAAUGCAACCUGCAUUUUCCUAAAAUUAUCUUUACUGAAAUGUUUUCUGCUGUUUCUCUAAUUUUGUUUGUAUUGGUCAAUGUGAGAGAAGUAUUAUAUUCUCUAUUUGUUUAUUAAAAAAAUCCUAGUAACUUACUACCCAAAAUAUUAUUGUAGUUCUCUUCCAAAAAUAUCUUCCUAUAGAGGCCUCUUUGAUGUUCUUUGUAUUCGACAUAAGACAUAGAUAGGCUGUUGGUCAAAUAAUAGGUUCAGAUGCUAGUUGGGGUUUUACCACAAUAACACUUUUAUGGAAUGGAAGUAUAGAACGAACAGGUAAUGGCUAAGUUCUCCCCAACUCUUUUUGGACACUUAAUUGUUUUAUGUAUUUCAUAUCUUAUUGGCUUUGCUGAUGUACACAUUGUGUUCAGCUGAUAUACAGUGCACCUGUGACUUGCUGAUCUUUUGAGACAGGGAUCCUCUAAGUAUAAGGAGUUUGUUGAGGAAAACCAGCUCUUAAAUACCUGGGAUUAUUAAACCUGUUAAGCCAGUUGUGAGGUCUGCUUCUAAAUAACACACCAGCAUCUUAAGAAUCACAAACUAGAAAGAAAAAUCUCCAAAGUUAUAACUUGGCUAUGUCUGAGCUUUUUUCACUAUUGUGCCUUGCUUUGUCUUUUAAAACUGUCAGGUGAGGUCCUUAGUAAUGGAUUAACAUUGUGCUUAUUUAAGAUAGGAGCUGAAAUGAAGUCUAGGGUAAAGAGCCAGAUUUUGUUUAGUAAAAUGCCCUGUUGUGCUGCUUUAUAGAUGAUGCCAAGUUCUUAAAGAAAGCAAGGGUUCUGAGUGACUAACCCAGUGUGGUCCUCCACUUAGAUUUGAGUCUGGAGUCUGGAGCUAUCAGUUCUUCACAUUAAAAAAAUAUAUAUAUAUUGUGAUAAAAUAUAUGACAAAAAUUUUGCUAUUUUGACUAUUUAAGUGUACAAGUCAGUGGCAUUGAUUACAUUCACAAUACAACCAUCACCACUAUCUAUUUCCAAAAGUUUUUCAUCAGCCCAAACACUCAGUCCCCUUUAAGAAAUUAAGUCCCCAUCUCCCCUUCCCCCAAUCCCUGGUAACCACUAAUCUUUAUCUCUAUGCAUUUGCCUAUAUUUGACAUUUUGUGUCUGACUUAUUUUACUCAGCAUAAUACUUAUUUUACUAUGUGAUGGCUAAUUUUAUGUGUCAACUUGGCUAGGCUUUGGUGCCCAGUUGUUUGGUUAAACACUAGUAUAAAUGCUGUUAUGAAGUGGUUGCCCGUGAUUAAAUCAGUUGGCCUUAAGGAAAGCAAGUUACCCUACAUAAUGUGUGUGGGCCUCAUCCGAUCAGUUAAAGGCCUUAACAGCAAGAACGGUGUUUUCUCUAGGAUGUAAUCUGCCUCCAGGCUCUAAGUAGACAUCUUGCUAGAAUUCCUCCAGUCUUCACUCUUUUUGUCACCUGACCUACAGAUUUUGGAACACAAGACUGCAGGAAUCUCCUGACCUAAAAUUUUGGACUUGCUAGUCCACCACAAUCACAUAAGCCAAUUUUUUAAAAAUAAGCCUCUUACAGAGAACCCCUGAGGGAGCAGGAGAACAGUGGGAUGCAGACCCCAAAUUCUCAUAAAAAGACCAGACUUAAUGGUCUGACUGAGACUAGAAGAAUCCCGGCGGUCAUGGUCCCCAAACAUUCUGUUGGCCCAGGGUAGGAACCAUUCCCGAAGACAACUCAUCAGACAUGGAAUGGACUGGACAAUGGGUUGGAGAGAGAUGCUGAUGAGGAGUGAGCUACUUGUAUCAGGUGGACACUUGAGACUGUGUUGGCAUCUCCUGUCUGGAGGGGAGAUGGGAGGGUAGAGGGGUUUAGAAACUGGCAAAACGGUCACGAAAGGAGAGACUGGAGUGAGGGAGCGGGCUGACUCAGUAGGGGGAGAGUAACUGGGAGUAUGUAGUAAGGUGUAUAUAAGUUUAUAUAUGAGAGACUGACUUGAUUUGUAAACUUCCACUUAAAGCAUAAUAAAAAAUUAUUAAAAAAAAAAAA